AACCGAGUAUCGAUAUCAAUGGAAACGAAAUAAGUUGACACCGCGUCUCGUCAAAACAUGUUCAAUUCGAAUUUACUCGGAAUUACACGUUCAACGAGCAUUUGCUGUGAAACCUGAUUAAAGGAAAAUUACUGUAGACACCUAAUACAAAAUGAGUUGCGAGGUUGGAGUAUCCAAAUAAUGGCAAUGAACGCAUGUCAAACAAUUGUCACCGAGUGAUGAAGUAAUCCUAGUGCAUCUUUAAAUUCCUAAGAACGUUCACGAGGAAGAUCAAUCAUGUCUGGAAAUAUCGAAAUCAUCGUUGGAAUAAAACUUGGAACAAAUUACAGUACAAACACAUACAUGUUGAAGGAUGGUAAAACAGAGGGCAUUUUCACUGUCCCGUUCAAUAAGCACGCUACCAGUUCUCUGUCGUUAGUAACACCAACAGUGGCAUUGUUUACAGACAAGGGAAAGUUUCAAGCGUUUGGAUUUGAAGCGGAAUAUCAAAAUUUCCAUUUGGGUGAAAGCAACACUUUUCUUCUUUUUCGUGAUUUUGUUUGGGAUCUACUAUGUGUGAGCGAUAAGGUUCCAGUAUACUUGAAAGCAGUAAAUGGGAAGGAAAUGAAAUCUGUUGAUGUUGUGUCAGCAGUUUUAGCGUACAUGGAUAGUCACAUAAAAUCCACAUUGUGCACAAAUUUGCAUGAAGUACCCAUUACAUUCAAGUAUGUUCUGACAGUGCCAACUUGUUCAUGCGACGAUGCAAAAGAAUUCAUCAAAAAAGCUGCUGAAAAAGCUGGCGUUCCAUCAGACAGCAUAACCAUUGCUGAGGAGGCCGCGGCAGCGUUGUGUUUUUGUGUGCAAAAUCCAUUACCAGGUCUACCACAACCACUGGAAAAUAAAGAAAUAUCGUACAUCUUUGUAGAAUGCGAGGAUGACAAUACCAACGUUUCGGUUUUAAAACAUUCCAAUGAAGAGAUUAGUAUAAUUUACAAAGAUAGUGCAGAGGUGUGGGCAAGCUGUCAAGUUCAAAAAGACUUUGAGGAGUUAUUUGCAUUGUUAGUCAGUGAAUCUUUCUUGGACUAUUUCAUUCAUAAAUACCCCAUGGAAUACCACGAUAUUCUUCAAGAACUGAAGACGAAAAUGCAUUGCACGCCAUCAGACAGUCAGAAAGUGACAAUAAAAAUGCCGGCUUUUCUUAUGGAAAAGUUUAAAAGAAAGACUGGAAAGAGCAUUGAAAAAGCCGUUCAGAAAACAAUUAUGAAAGGACACAUGGAAUUCAAACUCGACAAAUGCAAAAUGGCUCCAGAAAUUUUCCAAAGUUUGUUCACUGACGCCGCAAAACACAUUGUGAAUUACAUGAAAGAGGAAUUGCUUUCAAGGUUCCCAGAUGCAGAAUAUAUAAUCCUUAUCGGAGAAUUUGCGCAGUCACCGAUACUACAAGACAUUAUCAAAGCAUCUUUUCCCACCAAAAAUAUAUUGAUUCCUCAAGAAGCAAGAAUGACUGCAAUUAAGGGAGCCGUUUGUCUUGGACAGAAACCAGUUGCAUUAGCAACUAUACAGUGUAGUCCACGUAGACAUUUGACGCUUGUACCUGAGGAGGAUACAGAGUCAAUGGCGAAUGUUGAACAAAGCCCAAGAGCAUAUAGAGCGACCAGGAAUAACGUGUCUAACUUAUCUGCUACAAACACAUCGUUUUCAGAGCUACAUAGGGUUGUGCCUCCAUCUCGCAGAAUAAACAGAAGCCGCCUAUGUGUGAUUCAAUGAUGUAACGUUAUAUCUUUCUGAAAAUUACGAAUACAUUUUUUUUUUUUUAUAAAAGCUCUUCACAGCAAUGUUAAGAUGAGCAGAACUAUGUAAAGUUUGUAUAAAAUGGGACUUCACAAAUAUGUUAUAUCGCCAAAAUCCAUCUUGCAACGUUUAUGUUCAUUAGUUUGUUGAAAUCAGGUAUAUAUAUUUAAUAUACCAGAGACAACCCUUCUUUUAAUUGUAUCAGUCACGUAUCAGUCAGGCGACUCCAUAUUUAUACAUUCUAAAGUUCUUGCCAUAAAAUCGCUUCGGCGCACUUGAAAGACCCCGAAACAUUGAAAUAUAAAAUAUUUACAUGUAGAAGAUAAAGCGUACUUAGAUUUAUUAAAAAUGUAUGGGUUUGUUAAAACAUUUGUAGCAUCUUUACAUGUAAUAUUUAACCAGGGUUGAACAUCGUCAAAUUUGAGGGUAUUUUUCGCAAACGAUGAUCUAUUGUAUCAGUACCAGAACAAUUCGUACUUUUCCAAAGGGAGAUUCAUAAAUAUUCAUGUUCACUUUCUCUGUUUCCUACAAAAUACCAUGAAAUACUCCACAUCUUUCACUUACACGAAGUCGUUGUUUAUACACGAUUUAAUUCCUUAUUCUAAACGCAUAUUCACAUUAGGGGCGAUUUCAAGGUUACAAUACAAUAGCAGCGUAUACUAGUCUAUAAAUGCAACAUUGGAGACUGAUAUGACAUUAAAAAAAUAAAGAAAUAUUCAUAUGAAUGACGAGCAUUUGACAAGCCAAUUUACACAUAUACAGCAUGAACACUUGAUAGAGUUACUUUCACUAGGAUAUGUCAUACCAAAUAUGCGCAGAACAACCAGUGUCGUCGUUAAGCAUCAUGUUUCAAUACUCAUUCCAAGAUACGGGCUCAUUACCAACAGACUGGAAAAAUCGUAACAGAAUCUGUACCUAUAAAAUGGAGACUGCCACUCGGCGGUUAAUUAUCAAUUUUAUCUUUGACUUCACUACCGUGUAUAUUACUAGCAUGUUUAAUAUGCAGACAUUUGAAUUAAAAGUGAUUAGAAAAUGAA